UUGCCGGCUCCCCUCAGCGUCGCGGCAGAAGUGACGUCUCUGAGCGGCGCCGGGCGGAACAGGCGGUGACGCGUCGCGCGUUGAUGACGCCCGCACAGGCCCGGUAGCCGCGGGGGAAGCGCAGGCCCGUCCGCCGCCAUGGGGGGAGGCGACCUGAACCUGAAGAAGAGCUGGCACCCCCAAACCCUGCGCAAUGUUGAGAAGGUGUGGAAAGCCGAGCAGAAGCAUGAAGCUGAACGGAAGAAGAUCGAGGAGCUGCAGCGGGAGCUGCAGGAGGAGCGGGCGCGGGAGGAGAUGCAGCGAUACGCCGAGGACAUGGGCACCGUCAGGAAGAGAGAAGAGAAGUUGGAGUGGAUGUACCAGGGUCCUGGGGGCAUGGUGAACAGAGAGGAGUAUCUUAUGGGUCGCCCUGUGGACAAAUACGUCUUUGAGAAGACAGAAGACAAGGAUGCCGGCUGUUCCAACGAGACAGGACUUCUCCCAGGCUCCAUUUUUGCCAAGACGGGUGCCAAUUCUGUCCUAGAUAUGGCAAACAAAAUCCGGGAGGAUCCACUUUUCAUGAUAAGAAAGAGGGAGGAGGAAAAGAAGAGAGAAGUUUUGAAUAACCCUGUUAAAAUGAAGAAAAUCAAAGAAUUGCUGCAGAACAGUUUAGAUAAGAAAGAGAAAAAGAAGAAGAAAGAGAAGAAGAAGAAGCACAAGAAACAUCGGCAUCGCAGUUCUAGCAGUGAAAGUGACAGCAGUGAUGAGGAGCGAAGCAAAAAUAAGUCUCAGAAGAGGAUGAACAAUUCCUCCUUGAAGUCAGCUCCUUUCAAAGUCCCGGGAUAUGGCUUACAAGUCAGAGACUCGGAGCAGAGCCACAGGUCCCGGGGCUCUCCAGCUGCCAGCCAGGAGAGGGCUCCCCACAAGCACCGGGAUCGCUCCAGAUCCAGGAGCCAUUCCCGCUCCCCUCAGAGACACUCCAGCAGGAAGAAUUCAGACCAGGCUGGAUCCAGGGGCUCAAGAUCUCCUUCUAGACACAGCAAACAACACAGCAGUCGAGAGGAGAAGGGCAGAGCUAGGAGCCCGUCCCCGAAAAAGAGCUAUCGCCGGCAGCACACACCAGGUUACACCAGAAAGAUCUCUCCAGAGGAACUAGAGCGUAAACGGCAGGAAAUGAUGGAAAAUGCCAAGUGGCGGGAAGAGGAGAGAGCAAACAACCUCAGGAAGCACCGAAAGGAGGAGGAGCUGGAACGAGAGCUGGAGAAACUCGACUCCAGGGAUGGGAAGUUCUUCCAUCGUUUAAAACUGGAGAGCGCGUCUACUUCCACCCUGGAAGACCGGGUGAAACGUAAUAUCCACUCCCUGCAGAGGACUCCUGCUGCCUUGGAAAAAAACUUCAUGCAGAGAUGAAACUUCCUUCUUCCCUCUGCUCCUGCGCGGGAGUUAAACCGGACUCUUAUUCCCGGAGGUGAGAGACCUCCAGCACAGGCUCCCUGCUCCCGUUACCGUCUCCCGGAGCGGCGCAGGGUCCCUGUGGUGCCUCCCGGGCUCUGGGUGUUGGUGAAUACCUUUGUAAUGACUCUGGCCACACGAGGAAACCUUUGCUGGAGAACUCCUCAGCCUUUGUAUUCCCUUCCUAACGCAUCGCCACGGCUUUUCCUUCUCUCUCCACCUUGAACGGGUAUAUUUGUAUAUAAUUAUUACCAAAUGAUGCCAGUCGGUGGCUGCUUUCUACGCUGGGCAGAUGGAGCUCUCUGUAGGACAGAGCGAAAAGACCUAUUUUUGUUAGUCCUUAAAAAAAAUCAAGAGUAGAACAAGUUCCCACGUGAGUUAAUUUCAUGGAAGUUGAUGGAGCUGCAGGAGUAACGGACAAAAUCCCCGUUCAGUGCUGUCCCUGUGCCAGGUGUGGGCUGGGAAGGUGACGCUGGACUGGGCUGGACUGGGAGGGAAAUACUGGGAGGGAAAUAUUUGUAUUUCACAGAAUCUCAGAGAAUCUCACAGAUUCUCCAGAGAAUCUCACAGAUUCGCACCCAAAGGGAAGGAGGGGAACGAGCAGAGCGACCCCCAAUCAGCAAAUAUUUCUCUGGGAUUUUUUUGUAAUGUAAGUAAUGUGUAUAUGUACAGCGGUGUAGAUCUUAUUGUUUUAUUUCUCUUUUUUUUUUUUUAAUUAAGAAACUUUACUGCCCUUUUCA